AUGCUGAAAGAUGGCGUAGAUAUGUGUGAGGUUCUGACGCCCAAAAUCAACAUAACUAAGGCGCCUACGCCUCCCUCGCAGCAGAAGCAGCCCUCUAAAGAACUUACAAAAGCAGUUAUCGCUCAGAUUUUCAUUGUUAUUGCAAUUUUAGAAGAUUCCAAUUGGGACAAAGCACUUAGUCAGAUCCACUACCUUCUUGACCGUCAUCCAGAAGUUUAUCCAAAGUACUUAAGGAGACUUAUUACUUCAAUUGCCUCUGAAAUCCCCUCUGGAAACUCAUCAAACCUCAAGGGUUCUGUUAUAGCCAAACUUUUACGUCACGAGCUUCAGUACUUGUCUCUUUACGACCAGAAGAAAGUUCGUAUAAUUGCACAGGCUCUUAUUUCCCCUGAUUGUGAACUCCUCCGUCUUUUCACCCUCAAGGAAUUUUAUUCAUUCUUUACCCUCACUGAUUUUCAAGAACUUUUAAUCAGUCUUUGCAUAGAGGAAGCUAUUCCUUCAGAAGACCGCAAAUCAGAAUCAACUCUCUCGCUUUUAAAACAGCUUUUACUCAUCUAUUCAGAAACUUUGAAUAGCGUUGUUGGUUGGAUUGCCAAAUUUGACAAGGAAUCAGAAACUUCUUUAGACGAACAGGAAGAUAAUCUUAAUUUAUUCCUCAACCUCUUCCUCAACUCAAAAAUAUUUUCUUUGCCCCAGAAGUUUAUUGUUAUUGGUCAAAUAACCGAUCGCAUCGAGGCAACUGAGAAGGACACUACAAAGUCUACCCAUAAAAAGGUUACCUUCAACAAACUCAAUAAAGUUCAUAGAACUAUCAAUAAGUACUUUGACUGUAUUGCAAAAAUGAGUUUUAAAGAUACACUCCGAAGAAUUGUCCCAGACAAAAUUCUUCCUGAUAAAAUGCUGACUGGUUUAUUGCAGACACAGUCUCCCGAUAAAUUGACCGAUGCAGCAUCUCUUUUACUAUCCGAAAUCUUAAUUCCGGGCUCGCAGGGAAUUUCAAAUGAUGAAUCCAUCGAAGUUACCUCUUUAACUCCUACAGCACUUCCUGAAGCUACGGCAAGAGGUUCUCAGAUGCGGUCAGUCUUUGCAAAGCUUAAGAACAAGCCGGAUUGGAAUAAGGUUCUCGACAGCGUAUUGACCAUCUUGGAGGCCGCUACUGACAAGAAUCAGCAGCAAUUACUACAUGAUGGUAAUGCCCAUUCAUCCCCUCUUAUAAAUGCUGCUUCCCUUUCCGAGUUUCUAGCCUCAAUACAGAGGGAAGAUCUCAUUAACAAGUUUUUUGUUAAGGUGUACAAGAAGGGUAACGCGCAGUUGCUUAAGGAGAUUCUGAUAGCAUUGAAUUCUCUUGAUGUUAAUGCAGGUGCAGUAAAUCUUUUCGACAUGAAGCUGUCACCUAUUUUAGAAUCAGAGAGCAACAACAGGCAUAUUUUACUUUACUUCAAGAACAUUGCCAAACUUGAAGUUAAGACUGUCGCUUUGUUGCAACAGCAAAACAUAAGCGAUUCUACCGUUACACAGAUUUUCAAUCGUGAUUAUAAGGCUGCUCCAGAGUACAUAGUUCUUGCCUGUUUAUAUAUUCUUCACGAUAAUCCAGACGCUGAGGAGAAUGCUGUUGUUAUUAAUGUGAUGCAGAACUUUAUUGUCUCUCUUUUGGAUGUCAACUCACCUUACUUGAACUCUAUUUUAACAAAGUUUGAGGAAUUCGAUGCAGCAGAGUUGGGCAAAUUGUUGGUGAAAUACUACGAGGUGAGAAAGUCUCCUGAGUCCAUUCACAAGAUUGCCAGUCUCACGGCCUCCUUUCCCAACGAUACGGUGAUCAUGUCAAUUCUCAGUAAUUCGAGUGAUUUUCUCGAGGCAUUCUCGAUCGCAGUUAUCUUUUCUCAGUAUGGUUGGAAACGAUUCAGGAAUUUUGUGUCGACUCAGCUAGAACGUAACAUUGGUGUUGUCGCUACCACCGUGGUGGAUUUCAUGGAAAACCAGGCUACCGUGGAGUAUGAAAGCGCGCAGCAAGGUCGUAUUCUUGCCAAGUCUUUGAAUUUGGAAACGGUCCAUUUUAUUCUGACCACCUUAACUAGCAAGCCUUUGCCAGCUGAUUUGGUUGAUCGUUUCCGUAACCUACAGACCCUUUGCUUACAGGCCUAUCCUCGUCUAAUUAACUUCGGCCAAGGUCAUGACAAGGCAAUUUUGAUGAACAGUUCCACAAACACCUUUUCCGUAGAUGUCGAAAGGGAGAUGAAGGUGUACUAUCAGAAGAUGUAUAACAAGGAGAUUGAGAUUAAGGACGUGAUCCAUAUGCUUCAAAGAUUAAAGGACAGCGAUAAUCCCCAUGAUCAGGACGUGUUUGCUUGCAUGAUUCACUCGCUGCUUGAUGAGUAUAGAUUUUUCCCUGAAUAUCCUGUGGACGCGUUGGCUACAACAUCUGUUCUGUUUGGUAACACAAUAUACUUUCAUUUGAUUGAGGGUCCUGCUCUUUCCAUUGCAUUACGUUAUAUUCUUGAGUCAGCUCGUGAGCCACCUCAAAGCAAGAUGUUCAAGUUCUCGAUUCAGGCAUUGUUCUCCUUUAUGAAGAGGCUAGGCGAAUUUCCUAAGUUUUGUGGUAUGCUUUGCCAAGUUCCUGCCUUACGCACGCAACCUCAAUUAUUUGAAACUUGCAAAGCUGCCGCUGAAGGAAUGCCCAUUCCUGGUGGCUCUUCUCCAUCUACCGAGGGUGUUGAGACAUCCCCCGACAAGCGUAGAGUCUCUGCUGCAAGAAAUGUAGUCUCAAUCCGCUCCAAAUUUGUCUCUGUUGGUGGUAUUGAUAGUAUACCCGAAGCGUCAGAACAAAACAUACCUGAAUCCGGAAUCUCGGAUCGCAUUCUUUUCAUGGUGAACAAUAUCGCCGAAAGUAACUUGGAUUCACGAAUUAAAGAACUAAAAGAGCAGCUUCUCAAGCCAGAAAACUAUCGGUGGUUUGCUGACUACUUGGUUAUUCAACGUGCCAAAUUAGAGCCUAAUAACCAGCACUUAUACGCUAAUAUUGUUUCUGAGUUCGGUGCUCCGUUACUAACUAUGCAUGUCCUUCAAGCAUCCCUCCGCGAGCUUAUUAUUUUGUUAAAUAAAGUUUAUGGAGAGGGUAAUGAGGAAGACUCUUCUGAGCUUUUAACUGCAGGUGAGCGUACUCAAUUGAAGAAUAUUGGUUUGUGGCUUGGAAAAAUCACUUUAGGUCGCAAUCAGCCUAUUCUUCGUAAGCUGAUCUCCUUUAAGGGUCUACUUAUUGAGGCUUGCGAUCAUCAUAAGCUUGUGCAAGUGAUGCCAUUUGUUGCUAAAGUUUUGAGUCAUGCAAAGGAUUCUCGAGUUUUCAGAUAUCCAAAUCCAUGGCUUCUUGGCAUAUUAUCUGUUCUUAAGGAGCUUUAUGUUGUUGCCGACCUUCCUUUGAACUCUAAAUUUGAAGUUGAAGUUCUUUGCAAUUCCCUUGGUGUGAAUCUGGAGACUCUCGUUGCCUCAGAUAUCAUUACCAAGCACAAGCCUGGUGAACUAAGGAAGUUCAUCGAAUCUCAACAGGUGAUCUUAAAUAUGGCUCGAUUGUCGCUUAAAGAGCAGCGUGGAAUCACAAAUCCGAAUACGAAUACAACUCCAAACUCACAGCAGAAUCAGCUUGCUCUGUUACAAGAGCAGCAGAGACUGAUGGCCGUUGCAAGGCAACAGGAGAUGAUUGAAUCGCAGCAACAACAACAACAGCAGCAACAGCAACAACAACAACAGCAGCAACAACAACAGCAGCAGCAACAACAACAACAACAGCAGCACCCAGUUGCAUCUCCAUUUGAGAAUUUGUCUGGUGACACCAUCUUUGUUACGCAUCCAAAUCUACGGAGAUUCUUUCAAUUGGCCAUUACUAAAUCUGUUCGAGAAAUUCUUCCAGCGGUUGUGAACAGGACUGUGUCUGUUGCGUUAGUUACCACUAAAGCAUUGGUUCUCAAAGACUUUGCAUUGGAGGUAGAUGAGUUCAAGUUACGCAAGGCUUAUAUUAGUACUGUCCGUCGCUUAGCUGAGACCCUAACUCUGGCAUCAUGUCAUGACCUGCUACGUGAGUCAAUUCAGAUUAACGUCCAGCAAUAUAUUCAAUCCUUAGGCCAGCAACUUGAUUCUGCUCUUAUGGAUGAACUUCCUCGCGCAGUAAUGGACAAUGUUGGUCUAGCUAUUUCUAUUGUUCAAAAGGCUGCCAUGGAUAAAGCUGUUGCCGAAUUGGAUGAGGCUAUGCUUCCUGCAAUUGCAUUACGUCGCCAAUUUAAAGAGGCUAGGCCGGACCAAGCAUUUUGUGACACGCAGCAUGCAUCCCGGUACGCUUUAGCAUUGCCAGACCCUCUGGGAGUUCAUCCUGGAGGGGUUACUCAGAAGCAACUCUCGAUAUAUGAAGAAUUUGGCAGAGAGAGCAAUAGAUUCGGUGGUAUGGCUAGAGAAAUAUUAGCACAGAGACAGAAUCAAUCGGCUGAACCACAGGGGCAGGGCUCGCCAGCUAUCGCUGCUAAUACAGCUCCAAUGAAUCCCGCAGUUGCUCCGGCUGCAGGUCAGCAGCCAACUGCUACGGCCGCUGCGGCAUCGCCUCAGGCCACGGAGCUUCAGAGAACACUCGAGCAGUCGAUUCUCAUCUUGCAACAGUUACUGGACGCUCUCCUCAAAACCGCUACUACAGUUGAGAAGGCUGAGGGAAAAGAGGGCGAGUCCGUUCCCCAUAGCCUCAGAGAGCUUGCUGGAGACUCGCCAAUUAAAACGUAUCUGGCUCAGGCUCUCCAAGUUCUUGCGCGAGUUAAUCACACUGAAGUUUACAUGAGAUGUGCUCAAAUGUCCAUGAAUGCUCUCUUCGGCGGUGAAUCCGAACCUUCGCUUUUAGUUAUUGAGUGCUUUGUGUUUUUGCUUGACAAAAUAUGUGAGAUGUCAUCUGUUGUUGCUAAAUUUGUCAGCGGAUGGCUUGUUAAUGCCGAUGACGAGAGAAAGCGUAAUAGGCCUGUUCUUGAGGCUUUGGUUCGUGCUGGUAUGGUUUCGUUGGUUGAUUUGGAUGCCCUUCUUGCUGGAGCUAUAAAGAAAGAAUCUGAUAACGCCGGAAAGAAUGCGGCAAAGGCUGAUAGUGACGGGGACACUAAUGAGAAAGCGACCUCAGAGAAGAUCGGCCAGCAGUCCAUCGUUGACUUUGCGUGCGAUCUCAUCAGUGAUCUUGUGAUUAGUAGGCCAGUUGCGCUUCGUUCUGACUUUGUCAACUCCCUUUCUGCACUUUCUGCAACAUCAAGUAAGAAGGGCUCUGAGCUUCUUACUUCUGCAUCGCCUUCUCUCAGCACCUCGUCGUUGCGUGACUAUUUUGCUUACUUAUUUGCAGAAUGGGUGAAGCUUUACAAGUUUUCGCAUGACAAUGCCGACUUGGAAACUCGUUUCAUCAAUCAAUUGUUUGAUGCUGGGGUUUUGAACAGGCCCGACAGGCUUGUUCUUUUCUUCAGUACCGCAAUUGAAAUGGCUGCUGCCGCUUUUAUUAAGGAAGCAGAUAGCAAUAGGAAGUCUGCUAUUGAUACGUACACCGCAGUUGAUGCCCUUGCAAAGCUAAUUAUUGAUUUGCUCCUUAUUGAGGAGGAUGCUUCUGAUGAGAACAAAUCCAAGGCAGAAUUUUUACAUUCGAUUCUUUCCGUCGUCUUACUAAGCUUUGCCAGAGAUCAUGAGGCUUCUGGUGCCAACUUUAACGAAAGACCUUACUUUAGACUUUUCUCCACGUUUCUGUGUGAAUGGGCAGAGGCACGGAAAUCGCACUUCAGUUCUUUUGCCGCCAAUGAGGCCGAGGCUCGUCAUCUGGAGUCUUUCUCUUUCAAGUUGUACGAUACACUUGCGGAAUUUUUCCUAGCAUUGCAGCCCGCUGCAUUUCCUGGAUUCACGUUCGCGUGGAUGUGUCUUAUUUCCCAUCGUAUGUUUUUACCUAUGCUUCUUGAACAGGGUGGUGAAUCUCAGUCUAGGAGAGGUUCAUGGGAUAAGGCGGCAUCGUUGCUUGUGGCACUUGUUAGGUUCCAAAGUGGAUACGUUACUGGAAAGUCGAUACCAGAAGCCAUUACUGUAGUUUAUAAGGGUACUCUCCGGAUCAUUUUAGUGAUUUUGCAUGAUUUCCCCAACUUUCUCGCUGAGUACUCACCGCAACUUGUUAGUGAUAUGUCGCUUACAUUUGUACAGCUAAGAAAUGUUGUUCUUUCGGCAACUCCCGAAGAUGUGAUUACUCCUGAUCCGUUUGAACCUGGCCUUAAGAUUGAUAUGAUGCAUGAAAUCACAGUGGCGCCUGUUGUUGCCGCUCAUCCAGACCAGGUGUUAGACCAGUACGGUAUCAAGAGGGCGGUAGACAACUAUCUUCGGGUCCCAUCGAAUUCGCUUCUAAAGCAGAUUGUGCUGGGAUUGCAGCUAGAUACUUCAUUGACAGAAUCUGGUAUUGGUUACAAGGGAACGAACUACAAGGUGAAACUCCUUAAUUCCUUGGUGCUUUACGCCGGUAUGUCUGCCGUCGAUGAGAGGCCACGAAAUUCUUCGGCAUUCGAUGCGAAAUCUUCUCAGGCUGUAUUGUUAGCAUCGAUUAUGCAGGAGGCGGACAUUGAACUUCAGCAUCAGCUUUUACAGGCGAUUGCUAACAACUUGCGGUAUCCAAAUUCGCAUACACACUGGUUUUCUUGCGUUAUUCUUCACUUCUUUGGCUCAAAGUCUCUAUGGGAUGACAAUAGGUCUCAUGUCCAGCAGUUGAUUACAAGAGUGUUACUCGAGAGAGUUAUCUGCAACAAGCCUCAUCCUUGGGGUUUGCUUAUUACCUUUACUGAACUUCUCAGGAACUCUGAUUAUGCUUUCUUCAGUCUUCCAUUUACCAAGGGUGAGCCUGAGUUUGAGCACUUGUUUGGGGCUCUAGCAAGGCAUGUUAAGACGAAAGCGUGA